AUUUGAAGAACAUAGAUAUGGUUUCACAUUCACAUUUUACAUUCUGAGAGAAGAGAGAGAAAGAGUGGAAGGAAAGAAGUACAGAGCGACAUGUUCUGUUCUCUUCAGCUUCAAAGCUUACCCAACCAAACUCUCAAGAAACACAUUCACACAUCAAAUAUCCGUUUUCUCUGAGACUCCAGACUCUCUCUCUCUCUCUUCCUCUGGCGGGAACACCACUCCCAGUCCGCCGUCUCGUAGCUCUCCUUCUCCCCCAUCUUCCGGCGGCAAAACAACACCUUCGUCCAAGUCACCGUCGUCGUCGUCGUCCCCAUCUCCACCGUCGUCGUCUUCUUCUUCAGGCAUUUCCACGGGAGUUGUGGUCGGAAUCGCCGUUGGUGCUGUGGCAGUUCUUGUGGUACUGAGCGUUCUUUGCAUAUGCUGUAGGAAGAAGAAGAGAAGACGCGACGAGGAGCAAUAUUACGGUUACCCACCACCCCAGCCGCCACCACGUGGACCCAAAGAUGACUAUGGUGGUCCCCCACGCCAGUGGCAGCACAAUGCUCCACCUCCUUCAGAUCACGUGGUCUCAGUCCAGCCACCUAAGCCAUCGCCUCCGCCUCCGCCUGCGUACCAAGCUCCACCACCACCUCCACCUUUCAUGAGCAGCAGUGGCGGUUCUGGAUCAAACUAUUCAGGUGGUGAGCCACUUCCACCUCCUUCUCCAGGCAUAGCAUUAGGCUUCUCAAAGAGCACUUUCACAUAUGAGGAGCUGGCGCGAGCAACCGAUGGCUUCUCGGACGCCAACCUCCUCGGAUCAGGUGGAUUCGGGUAUGUGCACAGAGGAAUUCUUCCCAACGGCAAGGAAGUGGCGGUGAAGCAGCUAAAGGCUGGAAGCGGGCAAGGAGAGCGUGAAUUCCAAGCUGAAGUAGAGAUAAUUAGUCGUGUUCAUCACAAACACCUUGUUUCUUUGGUUGGAUACUGCAUCACCGGGACCCAGAGGCUGCUUGUUUAUGAAUUUGUUCCCAACAACACGUUGGAAUUCCAUUUACACGGGAGAGGGCGACCUACGAUGGAUUGGCCCACAAGACUACGAAUUGCCUUAGGAUCUGCUAAAGGGCUGUCAUAUCUUCAUGAAGAUUGUCAUCCUAAGAUCAUUCAUCGCGAUAUCAAAUCUGCUAACAUUCUUCUCGAUUUUAAGUUUGAAGCUAAGGUUGCUGAUUUCGGGCUUGCAAAGUUCUCUUCUGAUGUCAACACUCAUGUUUCCACUCGAGUGAUGGGGACUUUUGGGUAUCUGGCUCCGGAAUAUGCUUCCAGUGGAAAACUCACAGACAAAUCAGAUGUUUUCUCCUAUGGAGUCAUGCUUCUCGAGUUAAUUACUGGAAGAAGGCCAGUUGAUAAAACCCAAACUUUCAUGGAGGAUAGUUUGGUAGACUGGGCUAGGCCUUUGCUCAACCGAGCAUUGGAUGAAGAUGAUUAUGACUCUCUAGUUGACCCAAGGCUCCAGAAUGAAUAUGAUCCCAAUGAGAUGGCUCGCAUGGUGGCAUGUGCCGCUGCUUGCACGCGUCAUUCAGCAAAGCGUCGACCAAGGAUGAGCCAGGUUGUUCGUGCUCUUGAAGGAGACGUGUCUCUGGCGGAUCUUAAUGAAGGAAUUAAACCUGGACACAGCACCAUGUACAGUUCACAUGAAAGCUCGGAUUAUGACACUGCACAGUACAAGGAAGACAUGAGAAGGUUCAGGAAAAUGGCAUUGGGAACCCAGGAGUACGCCAGCAGCGAGUAUAGCGCGCCUACAAGCGAGUACGGCCUGUAUCCAUCCGGCUCAAGCAGUGAAGCGCAGAGCCGCCAGACCACCCGCGAAAUGGAAAUGCGGAAGAUGAAGAACAGUCAAGGUUUCAGCGGAACUUCUUGAUCCUUGACAAGUUGUUUUGCUUAUCUUUGUAUAAAUUUAUAUAUCCUUGAUUUUUGCACCUAUGUCACCUUUGAUUCAUUAACUGACAUGUUUGGAGUGACUUACAGAUUAUUUUUUCCCCAUCAUAAUUGAUCAUAUUUUAAACUGUAUUUAUAAGGGUAUACAGCAAAGUAACACAAUUCAAUUCUUUCAUUUUUUUUGUUCAGCCUUA